AACACCGUUGAUUUGGCUUAAGAUAUGUCUAUUUAUAACGUCUGAACUGAAAAUUCCGAACUUUUGCGAAUAUUUACGAUGUAGUAGCCGACUAAUCAUAUUCGCAUAUUGUACUUUUCCGAUAUUGUCCAUCAUCGGGAAAGUCCGGUUUCUCAUUCGUAAAUUUUCGUCGUGACGUCAGAGUCGUUACUCGUCUCCGCCAUAUUGUUUAUUUACAUUGAAAAGAACGACACGGAUGUUAGUUUAAGUGUGGAAUAUUAAUUAGUGUAAACAAUGGGACGGUCUCGGUGUUGUGUUGGGGGAUGUAGCAAUGUGCCAGGAAAUGGAAUUAGUCUGCACACAUUUCCCAAAGAAGAGAAACUCCGGAAACAAUGGAUUCGUUCAAUUCAGAUGACUGGGUCUGAGUGUUCAAGGGCCGGAUGGCAAGGUCCCUCGAAAAACGGUUCCGCAAAUGCACAGCUUGUGUGUUCUGAGCAUUUUGAGUUGACAAUGUUCACGAUGACUACCAGAACUAAAUGGAGUCUCGGUCUAGCCUAUAGAACUGCUUUAAUAGACGAAGCUAUCCCCACAUUAUUUGGCGACAAAGUUAGGAAAAGCAACCUUGACCAAGUCCAAGCAAGACCGGUAGUGCGCAAACGAGAAGUGAGGAGGAUACUGAGUGACUACAACCAGAAAGGCCAAGUUGAUAAAUCAACUGCUGUAACGUAUACAGAUGCUGUUCCAGAUUUAUCUCCUGUUAAUCUAGGUGACAUGACCGCCAACCCUCCAUCCACUGAGUUUCCAGUUGACGCAGUUGAAUUAGACAUGGACAUGGAGUUGGACAACAGUAAAAGAACUGUCAUGCAGAGCGCUGAAAUACCACCUCCCGUUGACCAGUCUUCAACAGUAGCCUCAGCCCUUAACCUUCAACAAGACCUAGAAACUCACAGUACUGAUGCUAAGAUCCAGUCAAAGGUACAUAUAGAAAAUCGUUGA